CUCCCUCCCUCGCUCUCUCUCUCUCUCUCUCUCUCUCUCUCUCUCUCUCUGAAGAGCAAAGAUGAGUCAAAUGGGUGAUCGUUCUUGCGAUCAACCGGCCAAGAAGACGGUCAGAGAGCCGCUCCUGGAGAACCCAACCCCAAAGGGAGGCCUCAGAACCAUCCCCUUUAUAAUUGCGAAUGAGGCGUUUGAGAAAGUGGCGAGCUUCGGAUUGCUGCCCAACAUGGUGGUGUACUUGACCCGAGAGUACCGCCUGGAGAACUUCGCCGCCGCCAACGUCCUCUUCUUCUGGUCUGCCGCCACCAAUUUCUUCCCCAUCGUCGGCGCCGUCCUCGCCGACUCCUACUUCGGCCGCUACCCGAUGAUCGGGUUUGGUUCCAUCGCCAGUCUCCUGGGAAUGAUUCUUCUAUGGGUAACGACGGUGCUUCCGCAAGCGAGGCCGCCUUCUUGCGACGAGUUCGACAAGGACACUUGCGGAUCAGCAACCACGGCCCAGUUGUUGCUCCUAUAUUCUUCCUUUGGCCUCAUGUCCAUUGGAGCUGGAGGCAUAAGAUCAUCUGCCUUGGCAUUUGGCGCCGACCAACUUGACACGGCAGUGAGCUCCGAGAAUUCGGGCAACUUGUUACAGAAGUUCUUCAGCUGGUACUAUGUCUCGGUCAUGGCAGCAGUGAUGGUCGCAAUGACGUGUGUAGUGUAUAUCCAAGAUGUCGCGGGGUGGAAAGUUGGCUUUGGAGUCCCCGUCAUGCUCAUGUUCGUAUCCACCUUCUCGUUCUUCUUAGCAUCGCCUUUCUACCACAGGGUGAAGGUUGAAUCAAGCCUGCUCACAAGGUUCUUCCAAGUUGGGGUCGCCGCCUUUAAAAACAGAAGCAUCAAACUGUCGUCCUUGCGCCCGAACCAAUCGUAUCAUGUCGGAAAAGGAUCGAUGCUUCAAGCGCCGAGCGAAAAAUUGAGGUUUCUGAACAAAGCGUGCCUUAUCAGAGACACUGACCAACUACACCUCACAGAUGGGAAGGCCCUGGAUCCAUGGAGUCUCUGCACAGUCGACCAAGUCGAGGAGCUCAAAUCGCUAAUCAACAUAACCCCGUUGUGGUCAACCGGGAUCAUGAUGUCCGUAGCCUCCAACCAGAACUCCUUCAUAGUACUCCUUGUUGCCUCCAUGGACCGACACGUCACCCCAAGUUUCGAAAUCCCUGCAGGCUCCUUCACCAUGUUCAUGGUUCUCUCUUUGCUAGUCUUCGUCGCUCUCUACGACCGCGUAUUCCUCCGUCUCGCCUCCGUGAUCAUUGGAAAGCCAGUCAAUCCGAGCUUGAAACAGAGGAUGGGGUCUGGGCUCGCUCUGUCCAUCUUCGCCACUGCAGCACUGGCCACCGUGGAAUCGGUUAGGCGAAAAGCCGCCAUGGAGGAAGGACUUUUGGACGGAACCGGGGUGGUUAAGUUGUCGGCGAUGUGGCUACUUCUGUACUUUGUUCUGAUUGGAUUCGCCGAGGGCCUCAACGCGAUCGGGCAAAACCAGUUCUAUUACUCGGAGCUGCCUAAGACCAUGUCUAGCGUCGCCGCCACUCUGUUCGGGGUCAGCAUGGCGGUGGCGAACCUGGCGGCGAGCCUCAUAAUCAGUAUCGUCCAGUUGGCUACUGAGAGAGGAGGGAUGGAGAGUUGGGUUGGGGACAAUAUCAACAAGGGGCACUAUGACUACUACUUUUGGGUCAUCACUUGUUUUAGCACCCUCAAUCUUGUCUACUUUCUAGCUUGUAGCAAGGCCUAUGGACCCUGCAAAGGAGAAGGUGGGGAUGGUGCUUCAAGUAGAGUGGUUGAUGAAGAGAUUAGUGCAAGUUCCUAAAAUUAGCCAAAGUGAUUUUUUUUUUCUUCCUUUGACCAUGAGUCAAUUUGUCAUGUAUAUUAACUUCUUGUCAGCAAUAUAUGACACUUUCA